AUGUCCAAAAGCACACAAAGCCCAGCUCUGAAAACUGAUUUAAGACCCGCAACUAUCGCAAUUGUAGGUGUGGGAAGCGUAGGUGCUACGACUGCUUACACACUACAGCUUAGUGGAAUGGUAGCUGAUAUCGUUUUGAUUGAUAUCAACAAAGAUAAAGCGGAGGGUGAAUUUAUGGAUUUGAACCACGCUGCCCCCAUGACAACUGAAACUCAGGUGAGAGUUGGAGAUUAUCCAGAUUGUGCUGAUGCGGCAAUUGUGAUUAUUACUGGCGGUGCUAACCAAAAGCCAGGUCAAACGAGAAUGGAAUUAGCAGCAAAAAAUGCUAAAAUUAUGGAGGAAAUAAUUCCAAAUGUUGUGAAGUACGCUCCCGACACAAUUUUACUAAUUGCCACAAAUCCUGUUGACGUUCUAACCUAUGCAAGCUACAAGCUGUCGGGUUUUCCUGCGAGUAGGAUUAUUGGGUCUGGCACUCUUUUGGACUCGACUAGGCUCAGAUGUAAUAUUGGCAGAUAUUACGGUAUUUCAUCAGACAGUGUAGAAGCUAGCAUCAUCGGAGAACAUGGUGAUUCAGAGCUUGCGGUGUGGUCCAGAGCAACAAUUGCGGGCAUGAGCCUUGCUGAAUUCUCUGCAGCUACUCAGCAAAAGUAUAACAAAGAGUCUCUGCAUAAAAUAUUCGAACAUACACGUGAUGCAGCUUACAACAUUAUAAAGCGUAAAGGAUACACCGCGUACGGAAUUGCGGCUGCUCUGACUCGCAUUGUGGAAGCCAUUUUGAGAGAUGAAGGAUCUCUGCUAACAGUUUCGAUUGUUGGAAAUUACUAUGGAGUUAAGGAUGUGGCUUUGAGUGUUCCAACAAAAGUGGGAAGAGACGGCGCACACCACAUUAUGGACUUAAUUUUGAAUCAAGAUGAAACCGACAGAAUGAAGAGCUCUGCAAAAAAAAUCAGAUCUGCCUGCGAAUCUUUGGGGCUCGAUUAG